AUGUCCACACUAUCGCUCCUGGUAGAAGGAAGUGCUUGUGCUUGGGGACGACUGGCCGUCACUCAUGGCAGUGAGACUAUAAAUGAUGUCAUUCGUGCUCUGAUUUCCUUUGCAAAUGCACACCUCUCAAUGUCUGCUUUGAAUCAGUUGCUCUUAUUCGCGUUUGCAAACAAGAUAAAGAAGAGAGUAAGUCGUGCAGUUGACGCAUCCGUAGCGAUGUUGAACGCUUUACGUGACACUCUUCGAGACAGUGCCAACUCAGACGACGAUCUUAUAGGAAGCCCACUGGCAGCCGUUCUCUCACAUGCCAUUUGCCGUACGAUUUCAGGUCCGUUGAUGAAUUUAUUCUUUUCCGCUGCAAAGCAUGGAAUUUGCGUAGAUGUUGUAUCGCUAGUUGAACCAAGUCCACUUCUGCAACAAGCCGCUGACAUAACGGGUGGAAUUUUUCUUCAAGCGGAAAAGCCAUCGAAACUUCUUUCCAGCAUGAUGAUGCAUCUCCUCGGUGAUCCUUCAUCUCGAUCGUUAUUCCCUCAACCAAUACUGAAGGAGGUAGACUAUCGUGCAUCUUGUGUUUGUCACCAUGAAUUGGUCUCUUCCGGAUGGGUCUGUUCUGUCUGUUUAUCUGUGCUAUGCCAAUUCACGCCAAUUUGCAAGGCAUUGAACACUCUGCCAAGGAAAGCACCAAAACGAAAGAGGAAGGAAUAG